AUGAAGUCCCUCACCAUUGCCCUCUUCUCCCUCCUCUCCCUUGCCUUCGCCGGCGAACCCGUAUGCCAACAAUGCGACUACCGCCCCGGCUACAAUCGCUGCGACAUCACGACUUCCUGCACAUAUGUGUGGGGUCAUGAUGAUCCGAGUACGCCUGCGCCGUAUUAUUGUGCUUGCAGGGCUGGAUAUCGCGCAGACAAUUGUGACGCUGGCGACUCGACCCAGCAGUUCCGUCUCCCCUGGUAUGGAACGCCAGGUGGUGACCCGAGUCAGCAGGGUAGAGUGUUUGUGAAGCCUGGUGUGUCGUGUAAUACGCUUUGUGAUGAUUAUACGCUUGGUAAGGAUGGGUGUAAGGCUGUGAAGGAGUUGGAUUCGUGUUUGUAA